UGUCGCCAUGGGCUCGACGCCGCCCGUGUUCAUCGGCGCCGAGGAGGUGGAGAAGCACCUGCACCGCGCCAGCCUCCUGCUGCCGGCGCUGGAGACCGCCCUGGCCGACUUCUCGGCGGGCGCGGCGGGCGGGGUGGUGCAGCCGGUGCGCACCGUGCUGCCCGUGCCCCGGCACGGCGGGUACCUUGGAGUCAUGCCCGCGUACAGUGCUGCAGACGAUGCGCUGACGACCAAGUUGGUGACUUUUUACGAGCACCUGAAGGACUCCUCUGUGCCUUCUCACCAAGCGACUGUGCUGCUGUUUGAGCCCAGCAAUGGUACUUUGAAAGCUGUCCUGGAUGGCAGUGUCAUUACAGCAAAACGAACAGCUGCAGUUUCUGCCAUUGCUACCAAGUUGUUAAUGCCAGCUUUUUCAGAAGUGCUGUGCAUUUUGGGAGCUGGUGUUCAAGCAUACAGCCAUUAUGAUAUCUUCACAGAACUGUUCACAUUUAAAGAGGUGAGGGUGUGGAACCGCACGCGGGAGCGGGCGGAGCGGUUCGCGGGCGCCGUGCGCGGCCCCGUGCGCGUCUGCGCCUCCGCGCAGGAGGCCGUGACCGGCGCCGAUGUCAUCGUGACAGUCACCAUGGCCACGGCUCCCAUCCUGUUUGGGGACUGGGUGAAGCCAGGUGCCCACAUCAACGCUGUUGGAGCAAGCAGACCAGACUGGAGAGAACUGGAUGAUGAGCUGAUGAAGAAUUCUGUUCUGUUUGUGGAUUCCAGAGAAGCUGCUCUUACAGAAUCAGGAGAUGUUAUUUUAUCAGGGGCGGAGAUUUUUGCUGAGCUGGGGGAGGUAUUGAAGGGUACAAAGCCAGCCCUGCCUGAGAAAACAACAGUGUUUAAAUCAUUGGGGAUGGCAGUUGAAGACACAGUAGCAGCAAAAUUUGUUUAUGAUGCGUGGUCAGCUGGUAACUAAAGAGAGAAGUCUGCAAUGCCAAUGAGGCCAAGAAAAUUGUUUGCACUUAGUUUCCUCUAAUCCAGUGUUAACAAGAAAGGCACCGAUCCUAUUUGAAUAUGGCCCUUCUAGAACAUUCAAGAAGGAAAAGUAAAAUUUCAGCAAGAAACUAAUUUCAAAAGUCUUCUAAUUCCAAGUAUUAGAUACUUGCAGUAUUGCUAAUAAAUGUCUCUCUUUUGUAACAGCAAGUAUUAGAUGUUUGUAGUGAUGCUAAUAAGGGUAUUUUUACAUAUUUUGGUAUCAUUCUGGAAUCAAUGCCUUUCCUCCCUAAUUAUUUAUGUAGCAGAAGCCUGUGUGUAGAUGUAAUGUUUUUUUUAGAGGGAUAAUUCAUUGUGGUGUAAAAUAAAUCAGUUUGAAGAAUGGA